CCAUCUCUACCCACACAUACCUCCCUUAUCCACCUCCCAAUCUUCCUUUCCCAUCUUUUAGGGUACACCACCUCAUUCAUUCAUUGUCUCCUGCAAUUUUACAAAUCAACCUUUGUCUCCGGCGGAUAGAUCUACAGUUCUACACCAACUAGGACCGGUGGUCACCAUCAAAAUCUCAUUUACUUGGGUGGACAACAUGAACAUCUUGAACUGGCUAAUCUGUGUGAGUAGGUUUUUGUUUUAUUACUGUGUUAAAUGGUGGUGUCCUGCUGUAUUGUGUCAUAUGGUGAUGCAUGGGACUUGUAGGGAGAGUCUCAAGGACAGGGCAAAGACACAGAGCCAAUCGCAGGGUGGAGUACACUGAGGUAUCUCUUGUUGCCCACCCCACUUUGGUGGAACCCACCCACCACCCUACUCCAACUGCACCCAAUCCCCAAUCUACUUUAGUUGCUCCCUCUCCCCCUGUGGGAUUUUUUGCCGUGUUCACAUCUGCCAAAGCAUUUGAUGCUAUUGGCAAGGGGAGGCUAACAGAAGGAAUUUGUAAAAGAGAGUGGCUGUUACAUGGGUUAUGGCCCAACCCGAAACAAGCGACAAAAAUAACUAAAGAUCAUAUAAAACCCGAAGACUUGAUAGAAUCUAAUCCUGCAAUAGAAGAUGCUUGGAGAUCUAUUGACAGGAAGCGGACGUCAGGGGAAUUCAUGGUAACCCAAUGGGCCAAACAUGGCGUCUACAACCCCAAUCUUGAUGCUGUAGACUAUUUUAAUCUGGGCGUGCUAGUGAACCAAGAGGGGAAAGAGCUUGAAGAGAACAUCGAAAGGGCCUGUAUGUACUGAGUAGUUUUUAUACUUCCUUAUGUUUAACAUUCAU